AGCUGUGCCCCACACCUAUCAGGAAGUAUUUUCCUGGAAAACUGGCCAGGAACUAGGCAGCUCCUUGGCAGUGGCUGGAAAGGAAGGUGAAGGUGCCACCAGCGGAGAGGCUGGAGUCUGGGGUGCCUCUAGGUGGUUCUUCAGAGCGCACCCUAGCCAUGAGUCCAAGGGCUCCCCCAGGAGGGUGGAGAGGUCAGACUUGCAGAGAAGUGGGGGAGGCCUCUGUGGCUUGGCCUCACUCUUCACCCUUGUGGCUGCUGCUACUGCAGAUCUGCUCGUUUUGUUCUCCCUCUUCCUUCCCCUCCCCCUCUCUGUUCUAUCUCCGUUCUGUUGCCCUCAUCCUGUCCCUCCUUCUAUUGUCGUCACUGUCCUUGACCCCUCUCAUCCUCUUCCCUGCCUUUGCCUGUCUUUCCCUCCCUCUCGGAGUCCUCCUCCUUCUCCCCGGUUCUCCACCCUCUGGUUUCCCAGCUUACAAACUGCUUCGCUGCUGGAUAAAAAUAGCGGUGGCAGCAGCCAGGCCAGGCUUGGCGCCAGCAAGCCUCCGAGGGAGGGAGCUGUCAGCCAGACAAAACCAAGACCGCCGUCACCAUGACAACCAGUCACCAGCCUCGGGACAGGUACAAAGCUGUCUGGCUUAUCUUCUUCAUGCUGGGUCUGGGGACCCUGCUCCCCUGGAAUUUUUUCAUGACAGCCACUCAGUAUUUCACAGACCGCCUGAACCAGUCCCAGAAUGUGUCCUCGGUCACUGCCAACGUGAGCAGGGACAUCCAGACCUCGGCCACCCCCGCAACCCCUGCUCCAGAACGGAGUUUCCUGAGCGCCAUCUUCAACAAUGUCAUGACCUUGUGUGCCAUGUUGCCUCUGCUGAUCUUCACCUGCCUCAACUCCUUCCUGCAUCAGAGGAUCCCCCAGUCUGCGCGGAUCCUGGGCGGCCUGGUGGCCAUCUUGCUGGUGUUCCUGAUCACCGCUCUCCUGGUGAAGGUGCACCUGGAUGCCCUGCCCUUCUUCGUCAUCACCAUGAUCAAGAUCAUGCUCAUUAACUCGUUCGGUGCCAUCUUGCAGGGCAGCCUCUUUGGUCUGGCUGGCCUCCUGCCUGCCAACUACACGGCCCCCAUCAUGAGUGGGCAGGGCCUGGCAGGCAUCUUCGCAUCGGUGGCCAUGAUCUGUGCCAUUGCCAGUGGCUCGGAGCUGUCAGAAAGUGCCUUCAGCUAUUUUAUCACAGCCUGUGUGGUCAUCAUUUUGACCAUCAUCUGUUACCUGUGCCUGCCCCGGCUGGAAUUCUACCGCUACUACCGGCAGCUCAAGCUGGAAGGGUCUGGGGAGCAGGAGACCAAGUUGGAUCUCAUUAGUAAAGAUUCUUCCACAACCUGUCCCCUCCCAGGAGAGCAGCCAAGAGCAGGCAAAGAGGAGUCUAGAGUUUCAGCUCCCAACUCUCAGCCCACCAACAAAAGCCACUCAGUCCGAGCCAUCCUCAAAAAUAUCUUAGUCCCGGCUCUCUCUGUCUGCUUCAUCUUCACGGUCACCAUUGGGGUGUUUCCCGCUGUGACUGCUGAGGUCAAGUCCAGCAUUGCAGGCACCAGUGCCUGGGGAAACUAUUUCAUUCCUGUGUCCUGUUUCUUGACUUUCAAUGUCUUUGACUGGCUGGGCCGGAGCCUCACAGCUGUAACCAUGUGGCCUGGGAAGGACAGCCGCUGGCUACCAAGCCUGGUGUUAGCCCGGCUGGUUUUCGUGCCCCUGCUGCUGCUGUGCAACGUCCAGCCCCGCCGAUACCUGACUGUGGUCUUUGAGCACGACGCCUGGUUCUUUAUCUUCGUGGCUGCCUUCGCCUUCUCCAAUGGCUACCUUGCCAGUCUCUGCAUGUGCUUCGGGCCCAAGAAAGUGAAGCCAGCUGAGGCGGAGACAGCUGGAGCCAUCAUGGCCUUCUUUCUGUCUCUGGGCCUGGCGCUGGGGGCUGUCUUCUCCUUCCUGUUCCGGGCGAUUGUGUGACCACGGAUGGCUAGAGAACCGUGCUGGCCUCCUGUUCCUGCCCCUUCUUCAGAGAUGGGCAGGGGUGAGCUGGUGGCUUUCUCUUCUAGUUGACUUCUGCUUUCUCACGACCUGUGCUGGGCCCGGGUGUCCAGCCUCUGGGUGGACAGUGGGGACAUUGUGAGCCUGAGGGUCAGAGUCGGGGGAGGGGACACAGUCACUGCCUAUGCUCGAAUACCCCACACUUGGUUCUUACCGAUCAUUGACUGAGCAGCACAGCAGAGGCUCCUCUGCUCAGUGUGUGUGUAUGUCUGUACGUUUGUCUGCCUCCCUAGGGGUCAGGACUGUCUGUUCUAAGGUCCAGUCUGAUGUUUCCAUCCCCUCUUUCUCCCCCGUGCCUCUUCCCAUAACCUCUCCCUGUCCCUUCCCUGCUCCCCGUCUUAUUCCUACCCAUCAUGCACCCUGCACAGUUGCCAUUGUACUACCUUUUUUAUACUCAACAGAAACCAGGCACCUUCAGAGGCUGUCUGAGUAAAUAAACUUUUUUUUUUUUUUUGUC